AUGAUGCGAAGUACUCCACUCACAAGCGCCGACCCCGGCUCAUCGACCCACUUAAUGACGUCCUUACCAAUUACUACAAAUAUGACCGUCCGCGCGCCGCCAUUCUCUACUGAGCGACCUGCAUUGUGGUUCGCCCAGCUGGAAUCCCAAUUUCGGAACCGAUCCGUUUCCAACGAAAACGACAUGUUCCACCACGCAGUUUCGCUGAUCGACACCCAGUCAGCAGCGGAGGUGGAGGCUAUAAUUUUGAAUCCUUCAACACCAACGCCAUACACGCUGUUGAAGCAGACCCUAAUAGAGCGGUUAACUAAAUCUAAAGAUGCAAAAUUACUACAUCUUUUGAAUGACGAGGAAAUAGGUGAACGCACGCCAUCACAAUUCUUUCGCCAUUUACGCAGUCUUUGUCCAGACGUACCAAAUAACGUCAUCAAAGCUAGAUGGCAGUCUCAGCUAUCCCCACAAACACGUGCUUGUUUAGCAGCGCAGCCUGACGCUUCCUCGGAAGACCUCAGUCGCCUCGCAGACAAAAUUCAUGAAGUAAUUCCUAGCGAAUCGCAAUCCAUAUCCACAGUCUCGGCAGAUCAAUCACUACUUGGCGAAAUAGCUGAAAUUUGCAAACAACUCCUGGCGUUAAAUAUGAGGAACUCGCGCAGCCGUACUAGACAAAAAAGUCUGCAAUAG